AUGCUUGAUGCAGUAGUAAAGCUCAACACCAGACAAGUCCUUGCACAAUACUUGAUCUACUCGAAGACAAGGUUCAUUGGUGAACUCGUUUUUAUCUUAAACGGCAAAGAAGAAGAUGAUGGCUAUUUUCUCAUAGCGGAGGCAAGAAUAAAUGAAUUACACGUCCACAUCCACCAUACUGAACAUGUUCUAAGAGGUCGACCUUUACGGAACACUGCUCUUGUUGGAACACUGCUCUUGUUGUUGCAAGAUUUGAAGUUCCAAGACACUUGCAUUUUUCUCUUGGCUUUCACCGUUUUUGGGCUCCUAGACAAUUAUUCAAAGCGUCAUCACAAUUCGGGUACCGCUUCUCAUUUAUUCGGAUCCUCUUCUGGUGAAGUUCCCAUUUCUAGCCUCUUCGUCUCCUAUUCUUCUGGCUCGGGUCCUUCUCCAAGCAUGUUCGGAUUCUCGUCUUCUGAUCCAGCCUUAUUGGGAUCAGCGUCCUCCGGCUUUGCUUCUUCAUCUUCUUUUGGUGUCUCCCCACCUCCAGCUUCGUUUCCAGUGAGCUCGUUCGGGUCAACCUCCUCCUACUCUUUUACUACACAUGCCUCCCCUCUGUUUGGCUCAGCUUCCUCUUCAAGUCAUGUCGGGGUGACCUUGCCCACCUCUUCUCAUCCAUCUCCUUUCGAAUCUACAGCUCCCAUCCGUUCGAACUUGUUCGGGUCACCUUCCUCUGCCUCCGCUCCUUCAUUUUCUUACGGAAUGUUUAGCUCUAGAGCUCCGGCCAAUUCAUGCUCAUUUGGGUCAGGUUCGACUUUCGUAUCCGUUUCAUUCAAAUCAUCUUCAUCUGCUCCUAAUGCCUCUGCCACUACUGGAAUCUUUGGCUCCGCAUCGUGCCGGACCUCUUCUAGCGGCGCCACCACCACUACUGCAACUAUCAGUUCGUUAUCUCCAUCCAUAAAAAAUUUCACUCCUGCGACCUCAUCAGUAUCAGAAACACAAUCAACAGCUGCUCGGCCUUAUAUUGGUGAUGACGAGAUUGGGAGUGAGGCUGAGCAGGUGAGUGAAAGUGUUGAAAAGGUGCCAAUAGAUCAAAUGGCAAAGAUAGGCGAAGACCAGGAUGAAAAACAAGGCACUAUGGUUGGUAGGCAGGAUUGUGCUACCUCGUCUAUGGAUCCCAUCACUAGAAUUAUUGAGACAGCCAUUCCAGCCAAAGUGCAUGUUGCUACUGCAGAGGAAAUGGCUACUGAGGCAAAUAAACCAUCGGCCAAGGAAAUUGAUGACGAGCCUCCAGAGAAUUCAUCUACUGGGAAUUCAUCUACUGUAUCUGAAGUUUUUGAUGGAGAUAAAAUUGGUCAUCCAGCAUCUGGGAGUCCCGCAUCUAUUGAAUCCACUCCGUUUGCAGACUUCGAGGAUUUAGCUCUAGCUUUGCAGAAUUCUUCUUCGUCCCAGUAUGCUCCUAUCUUUAACCAAAUAUUAGGCAGAUAUGGUGACAUCAGUAACGAGAGCAAACUCAAGAGUGUGGAGGCUAAGGCAGCUUUCUUUCAGCUGUUGGCUAAAGUUGUUGAAUGGUUGAGCAACCAUACUGUAGAGAGCCUUGAUUCUGGUGAAUUGCAACGCAUGCAGGAGUGGAUAGAUGAUGCAGAAGCUGUUGGGUUUAAGGUAAAAUGGUUGCAGCAGAGGUUUAAAAAUAUAGUUACAGUUUCUAGAUACCAAGAACGUCUGAUGCAGUUAAAUGAGAUAGGUGAACAGAUCAGUGCUACAAAGAUAGCUCUGACAGAGAUGGAGAUUCGACAAAUCACUUUAAAGGAGGAGGUUGAUACCAUGACGGUUGAACUUGAUGGUGAUAACUUUGAUGAAUCCAAUCUAUGUGAAGGGCUCUUCUAA